AUCAUCACCCACAAUGUCAUCAGCAGGCCCAGUGUCCUGGAACAAGUUAAUACCUGGCUCAACGAUUGACUUGACGGAACUAAAUAACAAUAGGAGUCUAGUCACUGAGCCAAUAUUUAAUGAGUCGUUUGUUAAUGAUCGCGAGAUCCUGAACUUUGAAACUUCUAAAGUUGACAUUAAUGAUGAUCAAUGCCGUUUGAACCGUAUCGACUCGCUACUUCAGUUCCAAUCAUGCCCAGCAGUCGUACUUAAUAGAAAUGGAAAACAGAUUCUGUCCUUUUUUGAAUGCAAGCUGGAGCAAGAGUCUUAUGGAGUUGACAAAAAAUAUUUGGCUGAACAAUACUUUCUUAUGGAUGGGCGAUUGUGCCACGUUGGUCGGAGGCUUCAAUUGAAAACCAAUCAAUUCUAUGUCAUCAAUUUGGAUAGCGAUGAUUUCGACUCCAAUAUUGAAAACAACGUCUUUGUAGGAGAGAACAUCGUGCUACGACGGGGCAGUGGGACGCACUAUAUUUCGGCGGUUCAUUUCGGAGAUUGUUUGUACCAGGCAGAAGUAUUGCAUCUAUAUCAGAGGGGUCAAAACAAAACAAUCACCCGAGGUCGACUACUUUCAGCAAGUGGGAAUUCAGGUUUUGAAAAUUGGGCUGAAAAUCUAAUAAAUGACGCUAAAUCAGAAUUAGGAUUUAGACAAAUUUAUAUCGAACAAAAAUUACAAGAAAAUCUCGUAAAAGGAUUUAAGGCGGAUCAAUUACUCAAAAUGCUACUCGUUCCAUUAUUUAAAAAGCAUCCUGUGCCGAAAAAACCGAUUUUCAAAAAAGUAACAAAUGAAAAUUUAUUUGAGCAGAAACCCGCCAUUUUGUAUGAUCGCGAGGAUGAUUAA